AUGGCCCAUGCAUCGUCGUCCGCUACCUUCAUAUCCAGAAACUCGUUCGUCGAGUACAUCGACUCUUACAUCUCCAAGUUCGGUAUCAAGCCCCGGUACUGUCGUUCCGUCAAAGCAGGCUGGUACGUCGAGAAGGAGAGGAAGUGGAGGGUUGAUGCUAGGAACACGUUGACCCAAGAGAAGGAGGUCUAUAUGGCCCAGUUCUUGGUUGUGGCAACGGGUGAAAACGGCAAGGGUUUUAUCACCGAGUUGCCUGGGUUGGACGGCUUUGAAGGAAAGAUCGUCCAUUCGAGCGAGUAUAAAUCCGAGAAAGACUAUGAGAACAAAGAAGGUUUAGCAGUUGGGUGUGGAAAUUCAGGGAUGGAGAUAAUUAGCUAUGAUCUAUCAAACUUUGGUGCUCAUACUUCAAUUGUGAUUAGGAACCCAUUUCAUGUGCUCAACAAGGAAAUGGUUUACAUCGGAAUGUUAUUAUCCAAGUACGUCCCGAUGACAGACACCGAUGCUGUGGUGACAUUUCUUGGGAAGCUUUGGUAUGGCGAUUUGACUAGGCAUGGGAUCCGUAGACCGGCUAAAGGCCCAUUUCACCUAAAAGUGGCUUGUGGAAAAUCUCCAGUAAUUGACAUUGAUACGGUUAAGAAAAUUCAAUCUGGAGAUAUUAUGGUUCUUCCUGGAAUUGUGAGGAUUGAUGGUAAUAAUGUGGUAUUUGAGAACCGUGUUAUUAAGCAAUUCGAUGGGAUUAUCUUUGCAAUAGGCUACAAGAGUACUGCAAAUUACUAG